AUGUCUUGGAUGGGAAUUGAGAUUCAUUCGAACAUCACAGAAUUCCUCCUACUUGGUUUCUCAGAUUUCUCUCCCGUAUCUCAAUCCUCCAUUAUGGCGUUUUUUGUUUUCUCCUACAUCUGUUCAGUACUUGGCAAUGGGCUCAUUAUUGUGCUAGCCACAGCUGAGCCCCAUCUUGACACUCCCAUGUAUUUCUUCCUGCGGAACCUCUCCUUCAUUGAACUGUGCACCACCAAUGUAGUUGUCCCCAAGGUUCUGGAGAACUUAUGGUCUGGGAAAAAGUCCAUCUCAUUCCUGGGCUGUGCUGCACAGAUGUCUGUGUUCUUUACCUUUGCUGUGUCAGAAUGUGUUUUUCUUAUGAUGAUGGCCUUUGACCGCUACAUGGCCAUCUGUUGCCCAUUAAGAUACACAUCUGUUAUGAAUACAGGGAUGUGUUAUAAGUUGACCACUGGUUCAUGGGUGGUUGGAUCUCUGGUGUAUUUUAGCCAGACCUGGUACAUCUUUAGCUUGCCAUAUUGUAAUUCUAAUCAUAUUGUUCAUUUUUUCUGUGACUUUCCCCCUGUUUUGACUCUGGCCUGUGCAGAUACAUUCAUCAUUAAACUAUCUGUCUCUAUUGCUUGUAUCUGUGGGGCGGCUCUCCCUCUUCUCGUUAUUUUCUGUUCUUACAUAAAAAUCUUGUACUCUGUACUCUUCAUACGCUCUAUGGAAGGCCGGCACAAAGCUCUGUCUACUUGUGGUGCCCACCUUGUGUCGGUAGUUCUUUACUAUGGUACCGCCAUGUUUAUGUAUCUGCGUUUAGGGACCAGCGGUCCAGGUGCAAAUGACCGAAUGAUUGCACUGUUCUAUUGUAUCAUAAUCCCUACAGUAAACCCGUUGAUCUACAGUCUGAGGAACAAAGACAUGAAGACCGCACUAGGAAAACAUUUCAAAUUAUUUCCAUUGUCACCUGGAAUUAAAAGGUUACAUAAAUAA